AUGGUAGCUGACGCAUUAAGUAGGAAGGUUGCAACUGAAUUGAGAGCAAUGUUUGCACAGCUCAGUAUUAUUGAUGAUGGAAGCCUUUUGGCUGAAUUGAAAGUAAAACCAGUAAUGUUUGAUCAAAUCAGAACGGUACAGUUAGAAGAUGAAAAGUCAAUGAAAAAGGGAGAGAAGGUACAGAAUGGUAUGAUAGAAAAUUUUAGCAUUGAUGAGUAUAAUUGUUUGAGAUAUCAGAAUCUACUAUGUAUUCCAACUACUUCAGAGUUGAAAGAGUUAAUACUCCAAGAAGCACAUGAUAGUUCUUUUGCAUUACAUCCAGAAGGAACAAAGAUGUACUGUGAUUUACGAGAACUGUAUUGGUGGCCAGGACUGCAUCACGAUGGACUUUAUAAUCGGGUUACCAUUGUUAGCAAGUAA